UUGGAGACAGUAGUCCGACAGCCCAGCACGUGCGCUCGUUUCGAAAGCGAUAGAGGUUCAUGAAAGCUUUAAUGGUUCCAAGCGACUCUCAGCGAAGGUCUUUCGAAACACUCUCCGCGAAUGAUGAGGAAUAAAUUAUGAGAAUCCAUAAUCUCACCGCGUGUAUAAAGGAGCGACAGGAAUCGUCGCUGAAGGAUUAUAACUCUUUUCACUCAUACGUAAAGUCUAACCUACAUUCAAUUUAAAAUUGAAUACAAACCAAAGAAACAGACAGUGUCGAAAUCGUUAAAUUAAAUUGACUCGCUAAAGACCAUAGAAUUAAUUUUCUCUCGCAGCAACACAAGCGAGAAAUCCUAUUAUUAUUCCCCAAGUGUUCCGAGGAAAGUGUUAGGACUUUCGGAAACUGCUGUUCGAGUGGCGGCAGCUUGGUUACCGGAAGUGCGCUCGAGGAGCAAUUUCGAAGCUCGAGUUAGCGUCGAUUUUAGAAAACUAUCCAAACCCGCUGGAAAUUAGGGCAAUUACGUCUUACAUUAUUUACGAAUCUUAUCUUAUCUCGAUUGGUAUCCAUCACGAAGAACCGUGAAGCCUCGAUUAUCUUAUUUUCCAGCUUUCGUGUCUUGGAAGAACAAAGCAACAAUAUUGGUACAGCGGCGUACUCAGAGCCGUGGAUUUCCUCCGAUAACGCUGGAAACUUAUACCACGAACGGACCGCAUACAGAAUGAACUGCUCAUUUCGCCAUGCGAAAGACAUUAACGUAGGCGAGCAGCGUGUUAACGACGUCAUGCGACUCGUUGACAAUUGGCCUCUGGAUGUAGUCUGGAGCCUCAGGUUAUGCCUCUGUGUGCUUGAAAAUGCAAUUAUGUCGACCUUUUAAAUUCGAGACGAGACGGCUAAAUCGACUAUUUUCGAGACCCAUCCAUGGACCCACUGCGAAUCCUACUCUACUUUAUCAUUCAGAACUGGCUCCAAAUUCAGAAACCCGGAAACCAGGAACUGGCGUGUUGAACGGUGCACAAGGAAGCCACAUCUUACGUUUCAUUCCAUCCUGACCGAAAACUUUGCUGCAAGUGACGCGACAGAACUGAGGAGCUCGUGUCACUCAAUGCAGACAGUAACAUUCAGUGUCGACAAAUAACCACUUGUUAACUUCGUGACAAGUGACGCUCACAGUCGGAGACAGUGCAGGAGUCGUUACCUGAAUAAUAUACAACGACAUCGAUCGAAGACACUUUGUCUCAAACAUUAAAGGCUGAAGAACAUUGGUCGAUCCUGUGGUUCCGUUUCCUAUUUUCAACGUGAUAGACAGUGAACGUGAAGAAGCAAAGACUUCAUCAGCCUCUGACAAAGGGAAUGACGAAUCAAAGAGACGUCAGAAUGAAAUUCUCUCUUUAAUUAAAACUCACGUGAAAGAAUAGGUGUCUCGGGUAAACGAGGAAUCAAGCCCGGCCUUAGACAAUUGACCCCUACCAUGCAGACGAUUAGGGGAGAGUUCGACUCUUCGAUUAGACUAACAUUUUUCUUCAUGAAGUGCAUCGGCGCGUGGGUAACAGACACUUUCGCUGAACAAAUUCGUGGAUACGUCGCCGCGUUUUAUACACUUGCGACGAUUUGUACGGGCAUCGUCACGAUGAGCAGGGACAUGUACUUCUCUCGGAGUAACGUGAACGAUCUCCUUUUCGCUUCAUGCAACGUUUUAUCUGUAUUACUGACGUCAGUCAAAAUAGCUACUGUCAUGAUACACAAAACGGAAUUCUUUGAAUUGAUUUCACACAUGAAACAUAAUUUCUGGCACGCCGAGUAUAAUGACAACGAGAAAGAGAUCUUAGGCCAAUCCUGGAAAAUUUGUAUUUUAUUUGUCACGAUCGUCACCGUCACCGGCCACGGUGCAAUCCUUGGUUACAUCGCAACGCCGAUCAUUGAUAAUAUGGGAAAAAAUGAAAGCGACAGAGUACUUAUAUUCAACAUGUGGGUCAAAGCACCCUUAUGGAAGACUCCCUAUUACGAAAUGAUGUUCUUCCUCCAGAUAUCUAUAUUGUAUCACGUUAGCAUUUGUUACUUUACUUUCGACAAUAUUUUGUGCAUUAUAAGCAUACAUUUAUCAGGACAGUUUCGUAUACUUCAAUACAGGUUGGAAACGUAUUGUCACGUGGAAAAGAAUAUGGGAGAUGAAAAUGGAAAUGGCAAUGUGGUGAUAAACGAUGUCAGUAAAUCUUACGAGAAAUUGAAAAAUUGUAUUCGACAGCACCAGAGGCUCAUCGAUUUUUCUACGAAGCUCGAAAAUGUGUUCACAUUGGCGAUAUUGGCACAAGUAGUCAUCUCCAGUGCGUUGAUCUGCCUGCUUGUAUAUCUAUCAUUUCUGGAUAAUUCGAGUACUGUGAAGCGUUGCGGUUUUAUCUCCUUUACUAUGGGCAGCUCGUUUAUGCUGCUGAUGUUCACCUACAGUUGCCAUGUCAUAGUAGACGAGAGUAACAACAUUGCCCAGGCAGCGUACUCGGGACUAUGGCCACAUAUGUCGAUGAACCGAACUGGGAAAUCGCUGAGAAGGGAUCUGAUGAUAGUCAUCGCGCGAUCCAGAAACGUCUGCUCCCUUACGGCGUUUGGAUUUUUCCCGAUAUCACUAGAGACUUAUACUAAGAUUAUGAGUAGCGCGGUAUCGUACUUUACUAUAUUGAAACAAAGCACAGAGUUUUCAGAGCAAUCUGAAUUAUAAACAAUACCCGACGAACUUAUUAAUUUACAAUUAUCGAAUGCGCGUGAUUUCUAACAUGAUUGUUUCGGAAGAAGAGUACAUCGACGCCAAAAUGAUUUAGGUACUAAUUCUAAGUAAGUAAUAUUGUAUUUUCAGACGACAAAUAUAUUUGAGCAAAAUGCAUACGGUA